CGAGGGUGUGAUCUAUUCUCUAUUGGACAUCCAUUCAUUUAUUACAGUGACCAUCAGGUCUAUGAGGUGUUACGGAUGUCAUCCAUUUUUCCCAAUAUGUCAAAAAGUGUUGAAACUAUUUUUUAAAGAACAGAUGAGGAGUAAUGCCUGUUUUAAACUGGAGGCUCAACAUCCACUAAGAUUUAGGAAUAUUUGAGUUUAGAGAGCAAACCAAGUUUUAAUUGAGUUUGACUGGAACAAUCCGAGGGCGAGGAGACAUGUCCCCGGUUGAAGAGAGAGCAGUCCUCCAGCGCAUGAGGUCAUCCUCUGUUCCCCGGAAGCUAACCCGACAGCUUUAACGGGUUAUUGAUCGGGUGAAAGGUGCAGCGCCUCACGCCGGCUGCUGCUUUGUGCUCAUUGGACGUUGAAGCUGUCAGAGAGCUGCGGAUAUUUUUAUAUUUUUUCUUAUAAUUGCAGUGGUUUGAAACACAUUUCACCAGAUACAGGCACACAUAGAAAGAGACCCAACGAAUAAUACUUAAAGGUGAGCUGGUGAUCAAUCCGUCCAUUCAUUCCCAACAGAAAGCUCCCAGCGGACCACGCACAGUACGAAUGAAACCCGUAAAGCAUGGCGGUGAUGGAAGAGAGAGACACUUAGGAGCUGCUCCGGGGUCGGAGCGCUGAUUGCACGGAGGAUUGGCCUCUCGGCACUUAGGAGGCAAGGAGUCAAGCAAAGGAGACCACGGUACAGGAAAAGGGCCUCCAGAGAAUGAAAGAAAUGAUUUCCCAAAACCUUUGAGUCCAUUGACAGAAGUAAUGGUCAUAAGUUCCGGCGUCUUAUAGCUACUGAUUACACAUUAUAUGUAUAUUAUUCUCUUCAAUUCUUUCGGGUCCCCUCAGCAGGAUUGGGGGCAGGAAUUUGAAGAGCACCAUUAGUUUCCAAGAAGAAGAAAGAAGAGUCUCACUCCGAGUAUCAAAGAGCAGGUUCCGAUGGGCAGCUUCAGAAGACCGCCGCUCUGACUCCACGAUGGAGUCCACCUCCAGAGCGUUAGACCUCAGCUAUGCCAGUCCUCUGACUCCCACUGUGAACAAAGGCCUUGUGAUUGCUCGACCAAUCCGUAGUGGUCGGCUCCUCUCAGGGCCACGCCCACCACCGGGUCAUGGAGUCAAAGCAUUGGAAUAAUGGUCUAAAAAGCAACGGCGAGGUCCACCACCUGCUCCUCUAACGAGGGAGCCAGUGGCUCUACAGUCAGCUUGACCUUCACCCCGAUGUAUAGUUGCAUUUUCUUUUCUUUUUGUUAGAUAGAACACAUAUAUGCAGAAAAGAAAAACAAAUAAGAACAGCAAGAGGAAUCCAAAUACGUUUUAAAAAGCGGUCUGGUUUGCUCGGUCUGAUAAAUCCUGAGAAACAUUCUCGUGUUCUUAUCUCGUUGUCGUCCAGUUCUCCCACUUCUCCUCCUGAGCUCUGAUUCUGGGCGUUAACUCUUCCGUUUCGUACGUAGGAGUCACGAUGUCCAACCCUCCGUCUCGUGAUGGCGGUUCUAUCUCUUUGUCAAAGCCUUUUUACUGGCUCCAGAUAAAUAUCAGCACCAUCUUGUGUUUACCGUCUUCACCGAGAUGGACGGAGAGGAAAGAAGACUCCUGUCAACGUUCUUCAUCUUUUCUCUCCUGUGAAGGUUCUUUGAUGAUUUCCUUUAGGAAGCUCUUCAAUGAUCAUGAGCUGUGAGCUCCAGCUUGAGCGAUUCAAAUCCACACAAAAAAGAGAUUUUACCAGCAAAUCGGACCAAAGAGAUUCAUUGAAGCAUCGCCGUUGUUGACAACGAGUGUUUCCCGAUGCGAGAGGGGAAACGCUGCCCCCUAGUGCUUUUCUGGUAUUACACGUUCGCCUUGGAGGACACCGUGUUGUGUCGUUUUCAUACCAGCAGAUGCUUUGUUGACUAAAGGUCGGUAUGAACUGUCGAAGCCUUCUGAAGAGUGUUCGCCUACAUUACCCACAAUGCAAUGCACAGCAGUCCCAUCACUUCGGUGGAUCUUGGGUCUCGUGGCUCUUUGCUUGAGGAGAGAUGCUGUUUGUUGUUCGGCUUCUGUCUCUGCAGACAGAGCCUUUAUUCCCCAUUAGGAAGCUUUUAUUCUGGAACACAACCCUCACAAACAAGGGGGAGACGGUUUAACAUGAGUACACAUACGCUGCUCCGUCAGGAACUCCAUCCCUACUGGUCCUGCUCCGUCAGGAACUACAUAGGGGCUAAGGUCACUAACAUUCACACCCUGAUGGGAGGAGCUAAGGUCACUAACAUUCACACCCUGAUGGGAGGGGCUAAGGUCACUAACAUUCACACCCUGAUGGGAGGGGCUAAGGUCACUAACAUUCACACCCUGAUGGGAGGGGCUAAGGUCACUAACAUUCACACCCUGAUGGGAGGAGCUAAGGUCACUAACAUUCACACCCUGAUGGGAGGGGCUAAGGUCACUAACAUUCACACCCUGAUGGGAGGAGCUAAGGUCACUAACAUUCACACCCUGAUGGGAGGAGCUAAGGUCACUAACAUUCACACCCUGAUGGGAGGGGCUAAGGUCACUAACAUUCACACCCUGAUGGGAGGAGCUAAGGUCACUAACAUUCACACCCUGAUGGGAGGGGCUAAGGUCACUAACAUUCACACCCUGAUGGGAGGGGCUAAGGUCACUAACAUUCACACCCUGAUGGGAGGAGCUAAGGUCACUAACAUUCACACCCUGAUGGGAGGAGCUAAGGUCACUAACAUUCACACCCUGAUGGGAGGAGCUAAGGUCACUAACAUUCACACCCUGAUGGGAGGGGCUAAGGUCACUAACAUUCACACCCUGAUGGGAGGGGCUAAGGUCACUAACAUUCACACCCUGAUGGGAGGAGCUAAGGUCACUAACAUUCACACCCUGAGGGGAGGGGUUAAGGUCACUAACAUUCACACCCUGAGGGGAGGGGUUAAGGUCACUAACAUUCACACCCUGAUGGGAGGAGCUAAGGUCACUAACAUUCACACCCUGAGGGGAGGGGUUAAGGUCACUAACAUUCACACCCUGUAGAACAGCUACAGGAGACAUUUGGGGUUUUAGCGCCUUGCUCAAGGACACGUCGACAUGGACAAGCGGAGCCGGGGAUCAAACCGCCGAUCCUCUGAUGGAAGGACGACCUGCUCACCACAGUCUGUGUUCGCCCCCUGAUGUGUUCAAGGACUGCCCAGAGACAUGAAUCUGACCGUUGAGUCCGUGUUGACAGGCUGGAGUUCUGGUGUUUAAAACAAACAGGCUCUUCCAUCCAGUGUGUUUGUUUUGAAAGAUGGCCGCUUUAAACCAGCUGUGGUGACCCCGUUGACCGCCAACAAAGGUCACUGGCUUGGAGGUUGAGUUUCGACACGUUCAAUAAACAGACGCAACGUCCAGUUUGUAAUGUGAAAGGUUAUUUAUUAAUAAAGUUGUACGGCUUCCAACACAAAACAAAUAUACAUUCCAUGUCCAAACCCGUUUGUCUGUUCCCAAAAAUGAAAGAAAUCAACUGACCAUGUCACCUGUUCUCAAACGAGUGCUCCCGCCAACCUACAACACCUGGCCCCAGUGCUCUUCAUUGACAGUGGCCCUACGCCCCCUAGUGGUGGGAGGUUCCAACUGCACAAAAUCAAACAAGACAUGCCUCUUUUGUUUGAGGACAACAGGCGUGUCUGUAGUGUGUGACACUGAGUCUCCCCCACGUCGGUGUCGUUGAGAUCCAGCUCAAGGACUCGACGUGAGAGACGUGGCCCGCCGGCUCAUUCGUCAUGAUCCACCAGCUCCGUGUUUUAAUUCCUCAUCCGUUCUGCCACAGAAGACACAGAACUGAUGAAAAUGUGUUUGUACAAUGAACUAAAUCAAAUGUGCCGACGCCAGUGAGAGGUGAACGACAUUACCUCCACUCAAACAGCCGUUAUGUAACAUCACGCUGAGCAUAACCACCCUGUGGGGACCGCGCCUCUGCACACGGCCCUGAUGAUGAUGAUGAUGAUGAUGAUGGGAUGUCUAGACAUCAGACAACACUAAUGAAGUCGAGCCGCCGUAUCAACGCUCUGCACGGUAAACACAUCAAAUACGAUCAAAACGAAAUGCAGCGUGGAAUAAUGACAAGAUGUGAUGAAGGAAGAGAAGGACUGCUGUGUGGGUUGGGUGGACGCUCUUAAAGGUACAGUCCACGUCUGGAGAACAGCAGGUACACCGAGCUAACGCUAACAGUCCGACAUCGGCGGUUGUCGUCUGUGCUGCUGUUGCUCUGCGUUGCGUCAUCAUCACAGAUGCUGAUAUUAUUUCAGGCCCCAGAUUUGGACACUUCAGGGAUAAAGUUUCAGUAAACGCUUGUUACGCUCAUACAGUACGCUGAAGAGAAACUUCCACAGGAAGUUCAGUCAGGUUCAAGCAACAAACCCACGAGUUAGUUUCUCCUGAUCCAACCUGGGGUCAAAGGUCAGGGUUGUCGUAUGUGUACAGAGUGUAAAGCCCUCUGGGGGGGGGGGGGGGGGGUUGUAAUUUGCUAUACAUAAUAAACUGAAUUGAGGAAUGAAAUGAUGAAGCGUGUUUAUUAUAUAUAUGUUUUAAGACCCAUUCUUUGUGACUGAAGUGUGCCGCCGAGGGCACGCAGAGCGAUGAACCCGUACUCUACGUACGACUCCUGCUCACAUCUUUUGAAUGCAGCUUUCCUUUUACGCCCAUGUACUGAGUACGGUCUGGAAUUCCUCAUGAUCAUCUCCUGCUGGCCAGCGGAGGAAGAAGAACCUUCCUUUGAGUGUAUUUGACUUUGUGCCGUUAUAAAAUCAUGUUUCUGUGACGUCUGGUUUGAAUGAACCAGACGGUUUGAUCGGCUUUGAGAAACCCAGAUCGCUGUGAUGGACUCAGCGGAGCCCCGGAGGAGGAGCUGCUCUCCUCUGACGUUGACGACGUGUCCGUUGUGUC